AUGGCGAAAGAAAUCGAGAAGUCGGAAACCGUGCCAAUUUGGAAUGGCGACGUUGCCGCUAUCGAUUCCUACGUGAUGAGAGUGAAGCUCUACGCGUGCGGCGCCCAGAUGGACGAGAAGGGCCUCUGUGGCCCACGGCUCAUGGCGAAACUCCAGGGCCGCACAUGUCAGGGCGCGCGGAAGUACGACAUGCCCGACCCGCUAGUAGACGACGUCGAGGAAGAUCUGACGAUGAAGCCGACUCGGCAGCGGCGGCAGCACCGCCAGCGCACCUACGCGGCCGAGGGCAACGACGACUCAGAGAGUGAAGACGAAGAUCUAGAUGAUGGUGGACUCAACGAGCUGUUCCCAGACACCGCCAGCGCGCCGGCGGCGGCCGACGACGACGAAAUCGGCGACCAGCUCCAGGAGAUCUGCGACCAGGCAGGCGACGGCGAGGAGCUGAGGCAGGAGUUGCUCGAGGGCGCAGUUUUCGCGGCAGCUCAGACUGGCGCUCGCGAAGCUUCAGCGCGGGCGCGAGCGCUCGCCCGCCCCCCGGGUUCGACGACGGCGAACUUCAGCGACGCGAUCCCGAUUUAUUGCGACCAAGACGCGAACUACAGCGACGCGACCUCCAUUUACUGCGACCCGGGUACGAAGUACAGCGACACGAAUGCGAUCCACUGCGAUCAGGAUACGACCUAUUGCGACGCGAAUGCGAUCUACUGCGUUCAGGAUACGAUCUACAGCGACACGAAUGCGAUCUACUGUGAUCAGGGCCCGAACUACGGCGAUCUCAGCGCGAUCUACUGCGAUCCAACUGAGAUCUUCCCGGAGCACCUCGCGAAUAUCGAGAUGAAGACCAGGCUCAGGUCCCCGAAGGAGUUUAUCACGAGAAACGUCCACGACGUCUACUACCUCGAGGCCGGCGCCUGCGCUGGCAAUCUAGACAGUGGGUGGGCAAUGCAGGGCGCAGAGCCGCAGCGCCAGAAGGAGCUGCAGGCCAUCAACAAGCUGCUGCGCGUCGCCCCCUCCAGCUUCGCCAAGUCCGACGUCCUCACGAUGUCGCUCUGGACGAAUGCGGAGGUCCCCGUCGGCAUCGAGAAUUACCUUGCCGCCGCUCUCUUGAGAGCAGCGUCUACCACUGUGACAGAGUGGAGACGCGCACACAGCGAACUUUGCGACACCGCUUACGACCAGCUUCCCAUCACCACGGUACUGCAAGGCGUGUGGUGCAACGACUGCUGGGAGAUCAAGACCGCCAUCGUCCAGCGCUUCGAAGGUGUCAUCAACUCCACCUUCUUCGUUGACUGUAAAGGGUCACGUCUCAAGCGCCUGACCCGCACUGCUGGGCCCAGACCCCGUGCAGGAGCCGCCAUGAUCGCCAGCCACAAGCGCGCCGCUAAAGCAGGUAUGGAGGCGGAAUUGGUGGAUUGGUAUAGCAAUGCUAACGAUCACCUGUACCAUCCUGAACACGGCUUGGAGGCAAACUAUUUCUUGGGAGAUUACAUCGAGGAGGGUCUACAGUGGGCCAAGGACAAGCUGAGGUCCGACGUAUCGUACAUGACAUGCGACAGCAGCACGGGCCUGGACGAUUUUACGAGGCGGCCCUCCGAGUUCUCCGAGAGGUGGCCCCCCGAGAAAUCGCUCAGGACCAUCCUGUCCAACGGCAGCCAUCUGAGCAUGAGCGAGAGCCACUUGCCGGGGCCCUGGUCGCCCAGCGACGCGAGGUCGUCUGCCCAGAAAGCCCUCGUCUCCGUGCUGCGCUGGGGCCGCGUGGUCAGCCACGAGUCCGUCAUGGCCAGGGCCGCGGAGCAGACCGAGGAGCAGGUGCGCCGGCGGGCCUCGAGGGAGGCCCAGAGGACGGUCCGGGAGGGCUCCAGGCUCCUGCUCGCGUCGACGGCGCUCUACGGGGCGCCGCUCGGCGAGGCCCGCGCGCUGGCGAGCCUGGCGGCUGAAGCCUGCACGGUGCUGGCGGGUUGCCUGCUGGCCGCGAAGGGGCUGCGCCGCCCGAGCCUCCGCGCAUACCACGGCGUCCUGCUCGCGCUCGGGCUCUACGUGGUGGCCUUCCCGCUCCUGCCCACGGAGCCCUCGUGCGACGAUCAGUGGCUCUUCCUGCAGUGCGCAAGGGGCAAUCGCUGGUGGCGGGCCGACAUGCAGGGCUGCGGCCCACAGGGCUUGUCGUCCUCGGUGAUGGGCAUAACCGUAAUUUGCAUGUCUCCACACAUAGUGCCCGAGCUGAAGGCGAUGCUGUUGUUCGUGGCUCUAUUUGUGGCGGGAUACCUCACGGCGUCUGCAAUCUACUUAUACGCGACCGAGCUGGGAUAUUACAGUUGGGUUGAUAUUCUCGUCGCCAUCAUAUUGCUCGGUGCCGCCACCGUGAUAGCUGCCUACAGGAAGUACAAGAUGGAAGUCCAGCGGCAGUACAUGGACUUGCUCUACCACCGAAAGGCUCAUACUACCAAGAAGCUCCUCGACUUGCUCCAGGAUUUCCUCCCAGACCACAUAAUUGUACGAAUGUUGAAGGAGCCGAGCGCCACCACCGCAGAACAGAUCCCCAAGGCGUCCGUGCUGUUUCUAUUGAUCUCUGGCUUCGAGGGCCACAUGAACCAGCGGACGCCAGAUCAGCUCCUAGACUUCCUGAACAUCAUCUUCGGCAAGAUCGACCGGAUAUGCUUCGACUGCCAGGUGACGAAGAUCGAGACGGUGGGCGAGGAGUAUGUCGCCGCCGUCGGCGUGAAGCCGCAGGACCGUUCAAAAGAGGGUGACAUGCACGAGGACGCGCUAAACCGCCUCAUCGUGGCCGCGCAGGCCAUAUUCAUGUCGCAGGAGGGGGACAUGGGCGAGCCGCUGACCAGCGUCCAGUUCAGAAUGGGGAUGCACACGGGCCCUGUCGUCGCUGGCGUGGUCGGCCAGAAGCUGCCCAGGUUCCGCCUGUUCGGCGACACCAUGAACACCGCCGCCAGGAUGAUGCAGAAGGGGGUCGAUGGCGAGCUUCAGUUCGGGGAGGAGACCCGGGCGUGCAUGCCCAGCUGGGCGCGGUACCGCUCCAGGGGAAAGGUCGAUAUGAAGGGGAAGGGCCAGGUGGAGACGUACCUCCUGGACAGGCUGAGCGAGGGCUCGGCGGGGGACGUUUGGGAGAACAUUCGCUCCUACAAGCUCCGCAAGGCCAGGCGGGGCAGCCUGGACAGCAUCAUAUCGCUCAGCAGCCACGGCUCCGACUCCGAGGAUGAGCGCAGCGCGGAGCAGGAGGAUCCGGUGACUGGCCGCAUCAGCGCCUGCACCUGGAUCUGGGGCGCUCGUCUGAAAAGGCUCGAGCGCUUGCUGGUGAAGGCUGUGCGCGGUGAUCCGCGCGGCGGCGACGCGAGCGACAUCGAAUGGCUUCAGGAGUUCUAUUACUUCCGCAUUGCGAGUCACUUGGGGCGGCGUUCGGACCGGCUCGCCAUCGUUUUCACAGUGCUCACCGCGGCGGAGGCUCUUGCGGCGGAGCUGCUGCAGCCCCGCAUGGGCGUUGUGUUCGGCGUGAGGCGAAUUUGGAUGUUCCUGGCCAUGCGCGCCGUGCUGCUCGCGCUGAUCUUCCGUUGGCGCGCCGUUGCGCAGAACAAGGACUGGAUCCUCGCGUCGCCAAAUACGGCGGCGCUGUGGCGGCUGGCGCACGCCUGCGCUCUGCUGACCCUGCAGUUCGCGGCGUACGCCCUCCUCGUUGUGCCCCUCGUCGACGAGCUCAGUCUGGACUUGAGCGCCUCGCACGCCAGGGACAAGCUUCGGAGGGAGCCCCUCAGGAUACCCCUGUGGCAGCUCAUGUUCCUCCUGUGGUACGGGACGAGCGUCAUGGACCUGCAGUUGCGGCAGGGACCCACGGUCUGUUUCGUAGCCUUUUCGCUGGGAGUGCCGCUCGUCCUCGCCGCGGCCUUCCCCGCGGCUCGCAACCUCGCGAGCGCCGUUCAGCUUGUCAGCAUGCUUAUCUCGGUGAAGGUAGCGCAGCAGCGCAUGGACUCGAUCUUGAGCCAGUUGAUGCCCCCGUUGGUUGCAAUCGAUCUGAGCAGACGGCCGUCAUCCACGAGCGCGAAUAUACUACACCAGAGGGUGGGGUGUUCUCAUUAUUACCGGCAAGCGACCAUCGCCUGCUCUGACCUCGUGGGCUUCACGGCGCUGGCAAGCGCACGUUCAGCCACAGAGGUCGUGGAGUUGAUCAGCGACCUUUUUGGGCGAUUCGACAGGUUGAGUGACAUCUACAGAAUCUGCAAGAUAGAGACGGUUGGCGACGCCUACAUCGCUGGCCAGGCAGCCCAACCGCUGACGUUGGUCUACAGGCCCAUCAGCGUGGUCAUCUUCGCGGUCGAGAUUGUAGAAGCCGUAAGAAGUUGGUCAAGCGAGAGAGACAUCCCUCUUGAUUGUCGGGUCGGCGUCCACACCGGCGAGUGCGUCGGUGGUGUCGUCGGCGUGGAGAUGAAGCGGUACCAUUUGUUCGGCCAUCUGUUGUCGACCCUGGAGCUGCUGGAGUCCACCGCCCCGACAGGGCAGGUUCACCUGAGCAGCACGUGCCAGCGGGCGCUAGAGGAGCAGGCCUCCGUGGAGGGGCUCUGCGACGAGGUCGUGGCCUGUUCAUCCAGGAUGGAGCCCGUCCUGAGGACAUCGAAGGGUGAAGAGGUGCCGUACAAGGACGUGGGUGGGGCGCCAACUUUUGUGGUGCAGCGCUGCUCCCCUGAGCUGUACGAUCCCCAGGCCGGGGCCGCGGCCGACGCGUCGGCGUCGACCGGGACGGCCUUCAGCCUGCACUCCCCCGGGGCCCGCACGCCGCUUGGUGCCUCCCGCGGCCUGCGCUCUGUCCCGGGCGGCCUGCCAAUGGCCAUCUGAUCCUUCUGGCGGCAAUUCGCACCCCUUGGCCGCCUCCAGUCCUCUCGUCU